ACGAUUAAGGAUAAUAUCUGAAUUAUGCCUAAAAAGAAAUAACAAGUUUGAACCGGUUAAUCAUUUCGUAGAAAGAUAUCUAAUAAAAGUUCCUUAUCCCCAAGCUGAAGGUGGCACUUGGAAUAGUUGCUUUCCCCAUGUCGUCUCUGCUUCAAUGUCCUUCCAAGCUUCUCUUCCCUUUCCACCAUCCUUACUCCAAUUCCACUCCCGGCCUCCUCCAUCUUCGUCGCCAAACAGUCCCAAUCUUCUGUGCCAAGAGAACCGGCAAGCAGAGAUACCCUUCUGAGAAGAAGAAACUGAAACUGAAGCAGAAGGAAGCCCCAUCCUCCGUCACCGAAAAGUUCCAAGGAAUCUGGAGGCUUUCCAAGCUUGCCGUUUCGGUCAAAAACGACCCCGGAAAAGACAUUCUCCAUAUCCAUAUUGGCUUGCUCCAAGAAAUCGCUAAAGUCCUCGAGUUUCCAGUUGCUUCCUUGUUGCCAGAAGAAGCUUUCUCAGUGGUUCGGAAAUCUUUUGAUGCAAGAAAGGUACUGAAGGAGGCCAAGUUUGUUUAUACUGUGGAUAUGGAUGUCAGUAAGCUGCUGAGCCUAGAACCUCGUACAUGGGACUUCAUUUCCUGGUUGGAGCCAAAAGAUGGGCUUAUAGAACAUAUGCCCCGUGAAAGAAUUAGUCGUGAUUUGACCAGUAUAAUACGUGAUUUUAAAAAUAGCAAUGGUGCAUUGUCAAGAGAACAAGGGCAUAACAUUGACUCUGGUGAAUCACACAAGUGUUCCACAGUGAGAAAACCCAGAAUUGCUAUUGUGGGUAGUGGUCCAUCUGGCUUGUUUGCUUCUUUGGUUCUUGCAGAAUUUGGUGCAGAUGUUACUUUGAUUGAAAGAGGUCAAGCAGUUGAGAGGAGGGGGCGUGACAUUGGCGCCUUAGUGGUUCGCCGAAUUUUAGAAUCAGAAAGCAAUUUUUGUUUUGGGGAGGGUGGUGCAGGUACAUGGAGUGAUGGAAAACUGGUAACCAGAAUUGGACGAAACAGUGACUGUGUUUUGAUGAUCAUGAACACUUUGGUUCACUUUGGUGCUCCAAAAAGUAUAUUGGUUGAUGGAAAGCCUCAUUUGGGAACCGAUAGGCUAGUUCCUUUACUCCGUAACUUCCGCCAACAUCUUCAAUCAUUGGGUGUGGAUAUCAGGUUUGGAAUGAGGGUAGAUGAUCUGCUCAUACAGAAUGGACAUGUAGUGGGUGUGGAAGUCUCUGAUUCAACAAAUAAAUUGAAGUCAGAUUGCAAGAAGUUGGGAUUUGAUGCGGUUAUCCUUGCUGUUGGACAUUCUGCACGUGACAUAUAUCAAAUUCUUCUUUCUCAUAACGUGGAUUUGAUUCCAAAAGAUUUUGCUGUUGGUUUGCGGGUAGAGCAUCCUCAGGAACUAAUCAACAACAUACAGUAUUCUGCAUUGGCCAAUGAAGUUUGCAGUGGACGUGGGAAGGUACCAGUUGCAGAUUAUAAGGUUGUACAGUAUGUUAAUGACAAGGACAAGAAUUCACCACUCAAGUCGGAAUCUACAAAUCGUAGUUGUUAUUCUUUCUGCAUGUGCCCUGGUGGGCAGGUUGUUCUCACUAGUACAAGCCCAUCAGAGAUCUGUAUCAAUGGGAUGUCAUUUUCUCGCCGUGCAUCUAGGUGGGCAAAUGCUGCCCUUGUUGUGACUGUUUCAACAAAGGAUUUUAAUGCAUUGAAUUUCCACGGACCCCUUGCUGGGGUUGAAUUUCAGAGGGAAUUUGAGCGAAGAGCAGCCAUAAUGGGUGGGGGAAAUUUUGUGGUGCCUGUGCAGACUGUUUCUGAUUUUUUGGAUAAUAAAGUAUCAGUAACAUCUAUGCCGUCAUCAAGCUACCGCCUAGGAGUGAAGGCAGCAAGUCUCCAUGAAUUGUUCCCAAUUUAUAUGACAGAUGCUUUACGCUAUUCUAUUGCAAUGUUUGAUAAAGAGCUACCUGGAUUUAUCUCGAAGGAGGCCCUUCUUCACGGAGUUGAGACUAGAACUAGCUCUCCCAUUCAGAUUCCACGUGACAGUGACACCUACGAGAGCAUGUCUUUAAGAGGGCUCUACCCAGUUGGUGAAGGAGCAGGUUAUGCUGGUGGGAUUGUAAGUGCGGCAGUUGAUGGCAUGUAUAGCGGUUUCUCCGUGGCACAAAAACUUGGUUUGUUUCAUGGUGACAUAGAGUCAGUUUUAGGAAAGGCUCAGAGUGCUGGAAUGGUGAAGUACUAGAACGGAUUUAUUGCGUUUGAUUUUAUAACGAAUGGUUUCAGAUGAGUACAUGCUCCAUUAUCAUUGUAAAGCUCUACAAAAUUGAGGAGGAUGACGAGGGGACUUCAAAUGCAACUCCAGUUUUGUUUCAUAAAAUUAAA